AUGAGAACUGUGCAGACGUGUCGAAAGACCGUGUGAGUCUAUGCGUAAGUCUCUGCUUUAACGCCACAGUCACAUCAACAGGGUGUUGUCACCUUAUAAGUAAAAGCAUGGCUACGGUUGAAGAACUUAAGCUGCGUGUCCGAGAAUUGGAAAACGAAUUGAUCAAGUGUAAGCAGAAGCGGUGUGCAGAAGAUGCCGGUGGCAGUCAGACGCAUCAUAGACCGAGGAUUGAGAAAAUGAGUGCCGAGGUAGUGGAUUCAAAUCCUUACAGUCGUCUCAUGGCUUUGAAGCGCAUGGGAAUUGUUCAAGACUAUGAGAAAAUCCGCACCUUUUCUGUGGCUGUGGUCGGGGUUGGAGGAGUAGGAAGCGUGACUGCCGAAAUGCUCACAAGAUGUGGCAUUGGUAAGUUGCUGCUGUUUGACUAUGACAAAGUGGAGCUAGCAAACAUGAACAGGCUCUUCUUCCAGCCCCACCAGGCCGGACUCAGCAAAGUUGAGGCUGCUGAGCACACACUGAGGAGCAUUAACCCAGAUGUGCUGUUUGAGACUCAUAACUACAACAUCACCACCAUCGACAGUUUCACACAUUUCAUGGAUCGCAUUAGCCAUGGGGGGCUUCAGGAAGGACAGCCUGUCGACCUGGUAUUGAGCUGUGUGGAUAACUUUGAAGCUCGCAUGGCCAUAAAUACAGCUUGUAAUGAACUGGGACAGAUCUGGAUGGAGUCUGGAGUGAGUGAAAAUGCUGUAUCUGGACACAUCCAGCUCAUCAUUCCUGGAGAAACAGCCUGCUUUGCAUGUGCUCCUCCCCUGGUGGUGGCAGCUAACAUCGAUGAGAAGACCCUGAAGAGGGAGGGGGUGUGUGCAGCCAGCCUGCCCACCACCAUGGGCGUGGUGGCCGGGAUGCUAGUGCAGAACGUGCUGAAGUAUCUCCUGGGCUUUGGAAAAGUCAGUUACUAUCUUGGCUACAAUGCCAUGGAAGACUUCUUUCCCACCAUGUCCAUGAAGGCAAACCCUCAGUGUGAUGACCGAUUCUGCAGGAAGCAGCAAGAAGAGUACAAGAGGAAAGCGGCUGAGCGGCCAAAACAGGAAGUGAUGGUUGAGAAGGAGGAAGAGAUUGUUCAUGAGGACAAUGAGUGGGGGAUAGAGCUGGUCUCUGAAGUCACAGGGGAAGACGACGCCACAGAGCCCGUGCCAGACUUACCUGAAGGGAUCACAGUGGCAUACACUAUUCCAGGAAAGGAGCGGGAAGUGGCAUCUGCUGGAGACACGGUGGAGGACACAGAGCAGAGUUUAGACGAGCUCAUGGCUCAGAUGAAGAGGAUGUAGUCAUGUGCUGAAGAGCUCACCCCUGUCCCCUCGGCAACUAACAUUGCUACUUCAGAAAAGCUGUUUAAAUAAUAAAAAAAAAAAAACAGCCAUCUUAAUCAGCUUUGUAUUUAACACAUUACAUGGCCUUAUCUGCUGAGCAGACUGUCAUAUCCAGGGUGACCUGCAUUGAUCACAGCUGUCACCAGAAAUACAAUUUCCGAUUUCUGCUGUAACCCAAGACACCUGAAUAAGUUAAACUGUCUAUAUUUUGGGUCUAAAUGCUGGUUGAAUGUUAAUGGUACAGUCUCAGUGUUAUAUGCUAAUGUAGACUGUCAAAAAGGUCAUUUUGUUUCCUUGUGUAGAAGUAGGUACAUAUGUGAAGGUUUAAAUGGAGCGGAACACCCUAAUGUGUAUUAUUAGUCAUUUACAUAUUUGGCUGUGGUGUUCUUUAAUGACCAAGAGUAAGGUUAUGUAAUUACCUGCAGUGAUUCUGUCAAAUGAGACUGCACGUCAAUUGGCUAUACUGUAAGAGUCAUUGUAAUCAGCUACACAAAAUGUUUAUUCCCUUUACACUGACCUAAGAAGUGUUGUGAGGUAUAUCAAGGAGGUUAACAAGAUGACUAAUGAAAAACUAAGAGGAAAUAUAGGGGACACUAGGAGAAAUGUGUCUGCUGUUCAGUGGUAUUCUUCUGUGCAUUUGCUUAUUGUCCAACAUCUCUUAUAUUGUCAUCGUAACAUUCAUGUUUGUCAUGGACUUUGCCUGUGCAGAAACGGACACUUUGAAUUGUGCAUUGAGGAUUCAAUAAAGUAUUUAUUAGCCAGAGUACACAAUACAAUGAUAACAAUUAGUGUUUUUCAUUUUUUUUAACAUACAUUAACACUAACCAGACAUUAUUAUAAAUAAGAUUUUUUUUUCCCCCAUAGGGUAAAAGAGCGGGUUAAGGGUGAAGCACCUCAUGCUAUUCUUUGGCAACACCUCUCAGAAUUCUGGGAUAUGGGCAUGGAUUAAAUACAGUUCACCUACGCUUGAUCAGCCUGUUGAGGAACAAAGUCAUGGCAGAGGAGUGACUCACACCUUAACUUGGUAAAAGCCGACCUUUUGCAAGUCCUUGUUUCUAGGUUUGCUCCAUGGAAGAUAGUCUGAAAGUCUACUGUAACACCUGAAAUGCAUUCACCUACUAACACUCUAUGGCAAACACAGAAUAUUCCUUCACUUUACUGGAUCAAUAGCAC